AUGGAGGAUAUAAGAUCGGCGAUGGAGCAGCAGAUGGAUCUCGUGGCGGAUCUGGUCCAGAAAAUCUCCGGAGAGCUACGAACGGGAUUACAACCUGCUUACGAUAAUUUCCUGGGGUUUUUCCACGCGAUUGAUUGGAAGGAACCAUGGAUUAUGGGAUUAAUGGCGUUUCAUGCUUCGGUGCUACUGGUGACUCUUCUUACUAGAAGGCGUCUCAACUUCCAUAUGUUCUUGUUCUUAUUGGCAUUGGCUGGGGUAUACUUUGCAGAGAAUCUCAACCGGCUCUUGAGGAAAAACUGGAAGAGCUUCUCAACACAAAACUACUUUGACCCGCACGGAGUCUUCCUAUCAACCCUCUGGUCUGGACCACUUCUGGUCAUUGCAAUGAUAAUCCUGAUAAACACUCUCUUUUCGCUUUGCUACCUAAUUGUAAAAUGGAAAAGAGCUGAGCUCAGGCAUCGUGCAAGGCUUGCUCGUACCAAGCAGGAAUAG